AUGGCGAUCCUGAACCCGGAGGCCGACUCGGCCGCCAAUCUGGCCACCGACAGCGAGGCCAAGCAGCGCCAGCUCGCGGAGGCCGGCUACACGCACGUGGAGGGCGCGCCGGCGCCACUGCCGCUGGAGCUGCCGCACUUCUCGCUGCGCGACCUGCGCGCCGCCAUCCCCAAGCACUGCUUCGAGCGCUCGUUCGUCACGUCCACGUACUACAUGAUCAAGAACGUGCUCACGUGCGCCGCGCUCUUCUACGCGGCCACCUUCAUCGACCGCGCGGGCGCCGCCGCCUACGUGCUGUGGCCCGUGUACUGGUUCUUCCAGGGCAGCUACCUCACGGGCGUCUGGGUCAUCGCGCACGAGUGUGGCCACCAGGCCUACUGCUCGAGCGAGGUCGUCAACAACCUCAUCGGCCUCGUACUGCACUCGGCGCUGCUUGUGCCGUACCACAGCUGGCGCAUCUCGCACCGCAAGCACCACUCCAACACGGGCAGCUGCGAGAACGACGAGGUGUUCGUGCCCGUGACCCGCUCGGUGCUCGCCAGCUCCUGGAACGAGACGCUCGAGGACUCGCCGCUCUACCAGCUCUACCGCAUCGUGUACAUGCUGGUCGUGGGCUGGAUGCCCGGCUACCUCUUCUUCAACGCCACGGGCCCGACCAAGUACUGGGGCAAGUCGCGCAGCCACUUCAACCCGUACUCGGCCAUCUACGCCGACCGCGAGCGCUGGAUGAUCGUGCUGAGCGACAUCUUCCUCGUGGCCAUGCUGGCCGUGCUGGCCGCGCUCGUGCACACCUUCUCCUUCAACACCAUGGUCAAGUUCUACGUCGUGCCCUACUUCAUCGUCAACGCCUACCUCGUGCUUAUCACGUACCUGCAGCACACGGACACGUACAUCCCGCACUUCCGCGAGGGCGAGUGGAACUGGCUGCGCGGCGCGCUUUGCACGGUGGACCGGUCGUUCGGCCCGUUCCUCGACUCGGUGGUGCACCGCAUCGUGGACACGCACGUGUGCCACCACAUCUUCUCCAAGAUGCCGUUCUACCACUGCGAGGAGGCCACGAACGCCAUCAAGCCGCUGCUGGGCAAGUUCUACCUCAAGGACACGACGCCCGUGCCCGUCGCGCUCUGGCGGUCCUACACGCACUGCAAGUUCGUCGAGGACGACGGCAAGGUCGUCUUCUACAAGAACAAGCUCUAA